GGGGUGAUUGACCAUUUGACCUAAGAAAAUUGAAGAGAGGGGAAAAAAUAUAUGGAGCUUCAAUUGUUCACAUUCCCACACUCAAACUUCAAAUCAUGCAUUUCCCUCCAUUGAAAUUUCUAAGACCCUUCCUUUCCAUUUCACCUUACCGUUCUUCAUCUCUCUUUUCUUCAUUGUUAUCAAAAACCCUUGUCAUUCGCACUUUUGCUGCUUCUCAAGGAAAGAGCUUACAAAACCCUACUUCCUCCCCUCACUCUCGACCGGCCAUUGUUGAUCAAGUCCUUUCCUCUCUCAGCUCAGAACCCAGUUCAGCAAUUGGGCUCUUUGAAUGGUCUGAGAAGGUAUUGGGGAUUAAUCAUUCCCUUCAUUCUUACACUCGCAUUGCUCAUAUUUUGUUAUUUCAUCGCUUGUUUCCGAAUGCCCACCAACUGUUUGAUAAAAUGCUUAAGAGGUUUGGGGAUUUGGAAGUGUUUGAGGCACUUAAUGAGGGUUUUAGGACAUAUGGGACUAAUCCUAAUACAGUUUAUAGCUUCUUGCUUGCUGGGUUAUUUCGAAAUUGUAGGUUUGAUGGGGGUGUUAGUGUUUUCUUGCAAUUGUCGAAGAUGGGAAUCGAUGUUGCUCCUUAUGCAUUGAGAAUAAUGCUUGAUUCAUUAGUUUCUUCACGAUGCGUUGAUGGGAUUAUGAAUAUACUUGAUGAAAUGUGUUUGCAGUCUGUGAAAAAAUUGAAACAAGGGUUCAAUGUGUAUGAGUUUGUAAUGAGGAGUUUUGUUAGUAAUCAUCUGUUUGAAAUGGCGUUGAACUUUCACCGGAAAAUGAUUGAUAGGGGCUUUGUGCCAAAUACUGUUGAUUGUAAUAAGAUGCUGAAGAUUCUUUGUAAAGAGGAUUCUGUAGAAUCUGCAUCACAAUUCUUUCAUACUAUGCUAGAAAUUGGUCCAGGUCCAAACUUGGUGACAUUUAGCACCAUGAUUGACUCAUUUUGCAAGAGAAAGAGGUUGAACAUGGCGUUUAAGCUUUACAAUUUGAUGCUGCAGAAAGGUAUAUCUCCAGACUUGAUUGUAUAUAGUGUUAUUAUUGACGGUUCUCUAAAGAAUGGUAAAUUAGAAGAAGGUCAUCACCUUUUUACUGAGGCUUUAAAGAAAGGUAUUAAGUUGGAUGUUGUUGUGUUUGGUUCAAUUAUGGAUUCAUAUGUUAGAGUAGGAAAUAUAGGAAAAGUAAUUGAAGUAUAUAGAAGAAUGUUUAGUGAAGGAAUUUCACCUAGCAUAGUUAUUAAUGGCAUUCUCAUAAAAGGGUUAUGCCAAGAUGGUCGUGUUCAUGAAGCUACUGGGGUAUUUGGUGAAUAUUUGAAACGUGGUAUUGAACCUUCUGUUUUGGCUUACUGUAAUCUCAUUGAUGGUUUCUGCAAAUUGGGAAAUCUAAAAGAGGCAUUCAUAUGGUACAAGAAGAUGUUGGAAUGUGGACAUGUUGCAGAUCUUGUUGUAUAUGCUGUACUUAUUAACGGGCUUAGCAAACAAGGUUAUAUGGAUGAAGCUAUUCAGCUUUUUUUUCAAGCCUUAAUGAAGGGUAUACAGCCUAAUGUAUAUAUAUUCAACUCCUUACUAGAUGGCUAUUGUAGAUUGAAUCAGAUGAAGAAUAUGAUGAAGGUAAAUAAUCUAAGGUCAAUGAUGAACAUAGUUCCUGAUUCUGUAACUCAGACUUUGUUUCUGAAAUCACUGGUUUUUCAGAAAAGAAACAAUGAAGCAUUGAUUCUCUUCUUCCAAAUGGUUAAGCUCAAUUCCCCUUUGGAUGCUAUCACAUAUUGCACACUGAUUCAUGGGUUUUGUGAGCAGAAAAACUUAAAGGCAGUCUUAUAUCUUUUUCAGCACAUGCAACAAAUUACAGUGAAUCUGAAUCCUGAUAUUGCCAUUUACAAUGUUCUUCUCAGAAGUCUCUUCAAUGGUUUCCAGGUUGAAGAUGCAACAAACACCUUUCUAAAACUUCUUGCUCAUGGACCAGACCCCGAUAUUGUGACAUAUAACACUAUGAUUUGUGGUUACUGUACUUCAGGGAAAUUUGACGAGGCAAUUCAGCUAUAUGAAACCCUCCCAAUCAGAGGAACUGUAAUCACUUACAGUAUUCUGAUCAAUGCUUUCUGUAAAAAAGGCAGAAUCAACAAAGCAAAGCUGUUCUUCAGAAGAAUGUUAGAUGAAGGCCUGAAACCUACUGUUGUUACAUACAGUUGUUUAGUUGAUGGUUACUUCAAAUUUUGUGGCUUGGAAAGUGCAUUUGAAUUAUUUGAAGAGAUGUGUCAAAACAAAAUUGACCCUAAUAUCGUCAGUUUUAGCAUCAUAAUGGAUGGUUUGUGCAAAAAAGGAUUGAUUGAGGCGGCAUUGAGUACUUUUGAUGCUGCUAUUUACAGGGGUUUAUUACCAGAUGUUGUUGCUUACAGUAUAGUUAUUCAUGGGUGUUGCAGAGUUGGGAGAUUAGUGGAAGCCAGAAUGUUUUAUGAAAGGAUGUUGAUGGAAGGUGUAGUUCCUGAUCAAGUUUUAGAGCAAGUAAUUGCAGAUUAUAAUAUUUCCAGGUCAAAGUAAACUUCGAAAUUAAGGUUAACUGUCAUGAAAGAUGUUUCUUUGUAGAGGCAAUAUUUGCUGUAAUCAAGUUGCAUAUAUAUUUAGAAGAAAAAAGUAUUUUGUAUAGAGCUAACUUUGUGUACAUUUAACUUUGUGAUAGUACUCUUAUCUUACUCAGAAUUUUCGGUUUUUAA